GUCAACGCACAAGCCCAGUAGGGAACAUGUGAAGGAAGGAAACAAGGAUCCUACAGCAAUCUCUGGCUUGGCAGGGUGCACAGGAAACGCGCCGGUCGGGAAUCCUUACCCUGGCUGGGAGCGCAGGUUCUUUGAAGGACUUUGGUCCGGUGGGGAACAAGGUCCGACAGGAACACGGGUCCCAUAGGACUAACUGGCCGAGCAGGAAGCAUCAGUCAGGGUCUGCACCGCGGAGCAGAUGGCUUCGUCCACCGUGGAGAGUUUCGUGGCCCAGCAGCUACAGCUGCUGGAGCUAGAGCGGGACGCCGAGGUGGAGGAGCGCAGGACCUGGCAGGAGCACAGUUCUCUGAAAGAGCUUCAGAGCCGAGGGGUGUGUUUGCUGAAGCUCCAGGUAUCCAGUCAGCGCACCGGGCUGUAUGGACAGCGGCUGGUCACCUUGGAGCCCAGGAAAUUUGGACCUGCGAUGGUGUUUCCCAGCAAUAGCUUCACCUCUGGUGAUAUUGUGGGUCUGUAUGAUACUAAUGAAAACAGCCAACUGGCCACUGGGGUCCUGACCCACAUUACCCAAAAGUCAGUCACAGUGGCCUUUGAUGAGUCCCAUGAUUUCCAGUUGAACUUGGACAGAGAGAAUACCUACAGACUGCUGAAGCUUGCCAACGAUGUCACCUACAAACGCCUGAAAAAAGCACUGAUGACACUGAAGAAGUGCCACUCCGGGCCGGCAUCUGCACUCAUAGAUGUCCUGUUGGGUGGCUCCACCCCCAGUCCCACUAGGGAAACAGCCCCGCUCACUUUCUACAACACGACCCUGGACCCUUCCCAGAAAGAAGCUGUGUCUUUUGCGCUGGCCCAGAAAGAACUUGCCAUCAUCCACGGGCCUCCUGGCACUGGGAAAACUACAACUGUCGUGGAAAUUAUCCUUCAAGCUGUGAAGCAAGGCUUAAAGGUUCUGUGCUGUGCUCCCUCCAACAUCGCUGUGGACAACCUGGUGGAGCGUCUGGCUCUGUGCAAGAAGAGGAUUCUGCGCCUGGGUCACCCUGCCCGCCUCCUGGAGUCCGUUCAGCAGCACUCACUGGAUGCAGUGCUGGCACGCAGUGACAACGCUCAGAUUGUUGCUGACAUCAGAAGGGACAUUGACCAGGUCUUUGGCAAGAACAAAAAGACCCAGGAUAAGAGGGAGAAAAGUAAUUUUCAAAAUGAAAUUAAGCUGCUAAGGAAGGAACUGAAGGAGAGGGAAGAGGCAGCCAUAGUUCAGAGCCUCACGGCGGCAGAUGUGGUCCUGGCCACCAACACAGGUGCAUCUCCUGACGGCCCUCUGAAGCUGCUGCCGGAAGACUACUUUGAUGUGGUGGUGGUGGACGAGUGCGCCCAGGCCCUAGAAGCCAGCUGCUGGAUCCCCCUGCUGAAGGCCCCGAAGUGCAUCCUAGCUGGAGACCACAAACAGCUGCCCCCCACCACGGUCUCUCACAAGGCAGCACUGGCCGGGCUGUCCCGCAGCCUGAUGGAGCGCCUGGCAGAGAAACACGGUGCUGCUGUGGUAAGGAUGCUGGCGGUGCAGUACCGGAUGCACCAGGCCAUCUCGCGCUGGGCCUCGGAGGCCAUGUACCGCGGGCAGCUCACAGCCCACCCCUCUGUGGCAGGGCACCUCCUGAAGGACCUCCCAGGUGUGGCUGACACAGAAGCGACAAAUGUCCCCCUGCUGCUCAUAGACACAGCUGGCUGUGGGCUACUGGAGCUGGAGGAGGAGGACAGCCAGUCCAAGGGAAACCCGGGCGAAGUGCGCCUCGUCACUUUGCACGUCCAGGCUCUGGUGGAUGCUGGGGUCCAGGCAGGUGACAUUGCCGUCAUCGCGCCCUACAACCUUCAGGUGGAUCUCCUCAGACAGAGCCUCUCCAACAAGCACCCUGAGCUGGAGAUUAAGUCUGUUGAUGGCUUCCAAGGCCGAGAGAAGGAGGCUGUGAUCCUGACCUUUGUCAGGUCCAAUAGGAAAGGUGAAGUUGGUUUUCUGGCUGAGGACAGGCGGAUCAAUGUUGCUGUCACCCGUGCCCGGCGGCAUGUGGCAGUAAUCUGUGAUUCCCACACUGUCAAUAAUCAUGCCUUUUUGAAGACCCUGGUGGAUUAUUUCACAGAGCAUGGGGAGGUACGCACAGCCUUUGAGUACCUGGACGACAUUGUCCCUGAGAACUACACCCAUGAGGGCUCCCGGGGCCACAGCCGUGUCCCCAAACCCAAGUGCCCGGGCACCUCUGUCAGGAAGCCUGCCAGUGGUCAGGAGAGUAGCCAGGAGGCCAGGACAGCCCCUGGACACGGGCGCAGGAAGCCAGGCGAGAAGCCCCCAGACUCUCAAGUCCAGUCCCAGCACAGCUCCAGUGCAAAUGGCUCUGACAGAACUGGAGGCACAGACCGGACAGAGCACUUCAGGGCUAUGAUUGAGGAGUUUGUGGCCAGCACGGAGGCCCAGUUGGAGUUUCCCACAUCCCUGAGCUCCCAUGACAGGCUGCGAGUCCACCAGCUAGCUGAGGAGUUCGGCCUGAGGCACGACAGCACCGGAGAGGGGAAGGCACGGCGAAUCACAGUGAGCAGGAGGAGCCCUGCUGCUUCUGCUUCUGGCUGUGUAGCCCCACAGCCUCCCUCACCGCCGAGCCCCGCACAGGCUGAGCCUGAGCCACCGGGAGAACAGCCUAUCGGGCAGCCACAUGACUCCACACAGCUGGAUCUGAAGGCACUGCAUCUGGAGAGGCUGCAGCGGCAGCAAGACUGCCAGGCCCAGACAGCCAAGGGUCAGCCAGGCGUGGGUUCGAGGCCACAGAAGGCUCCUCAGAAGAAAAAGAAAAAAGAACCAAAAGGUCCAGCCAUGGCUCUGCCCUGUGAGGAGGACUUCGAUGCCCUAGUGUCGGCUGUGGUGAAGGCUGACAACACCUGCAGCUUCUCCAAGUGCUCGGCCAGCACCACCACUCUGGGCCAGUUCUGUAUGCACUGUAGCCGCCGCUACUGCCUCAGCCACCAUCUGCCGGAGAUCCAUGGCUGUGGUGAAAAGGCUCGUGCCCACGCCCGACAGAGGAUUAGCCGGGAAGGAGUGCUCUACGCAGGCAGCGGGACCAAGGACAGGGCCCUGGACCCGGCCAAGAGGGCCCAGCUGCAGCGGAGGCUGGACAAGAGACUGGGCGAGCUCAGCAGCCAGAGGACAAGCAAGAGGAAGGAGAAGGAGAGGGGGACGUGAGGUCACACCCUCGGAGGGCUGUGUGGGACAGAGUCAGCAGGUGGGGACACAGUCCUACACUGGCCGUUUCUCUCUUGACCUAGUGUCCCUGGUCUUCCCAUGGCAAGGGUGCUGUUUGCAAGCUGACAUGCCUAGUUCCCAUCAGAGUAACUGCCUUGACCGGCCAGGCCCCAUUACUGCUGUGAGUGCCUUGCAUGGCCAGCUAGCCAGGGCCACCUUCAUCCUGUCUUCUGCAGCGACACAGUAGGCACUGAUUGUGUGGUGUAGGGUUGCGGGAAUGGCUGCUUCAGGGUCAGAAGGCUCCUAGCCUGUGAUUGCCUGGCCUCUGUCGCUUGGUGACUGGUGGGAAGGAGUCCUUCCAGGGUACCACACCGCUCACCCUCACAGAGACUGCAUCCUCUCCAGCAUUCUGUACCAGUUGCUCAUGGGAACUUUGACAAAUGCAUUUUAGCCGCAGGCUCUUGUUGUAAAAUAAUAUAAAUUAUCUGCAAAUUCAA